AUGAAUCUCCCUGAUGAAAUAUUUACCAACGCCAACCACGACCUCGAUCAAGCUCUUGCAGAGGUAAUGGACCUCACCAACGACGGGAUCGACAACAAGAAGCUCGUUACUUGCAUUAAAGAUCUGGUGGAGCUCAGGAUCGACCAUUUGCAUUCAAUCCAAGGCAAGAAAGCGAAUACUGCACAAGAAGAACUCAAGUUUUUGACACGAGAAAAAUGGAUAUGGACACUGUUGGAGCUUUUGAUACGACUACGCGCAUCCAGGACAUCACCCCUAUAUCAAUAUGCGCAAAUGACAACCUACAUUGAACAAUUGAUUGCACACCAUGGCGUAUCGAGCGAGAUGGAUAUGCAUGACGAUAUCGAGGAUGAGAUUGAGGAAUUGGUGCGCUCCAAUCGAUUUUUGAGUGGAUUUAUUGGUUCAAGGAAACGAAGGCAUUCUCAAACACUGGAUGAGCCCGAGACCACCUAUCAACGAUUGUUCCGCGCCUUCAGAUGUGGAGACAUGCAAAAGGCGUGUGAUAUCAACCAGCAACUUGAGCCACAAACAUGGCGUACCGAGCUGAUUAUGCGCUAUAUCGAACAACGAAAAAAAGCCCUUGAAGGGAAACAUGUGGAAUGGUUGGAUGAACAACGCAAAACCUGGAGCCGAUUAUAUGACCAAAAGCAAUCAGAGGAUAAGCUUGGCCAAUAUGAAACUGCAAUCCUUGGUGCAUUAUGCGGACGCACGGAAAGGGUAUUGCCCAUAUGCCGUGGUUGGGAGGAUGUUAUUUGGGCGUUCUACAAUUGUCGGAUACAUCAAGCUGAAGAAGCACAAGCAUCUACAAACGAGAUGAAUGGUACUGCACCCAAUCUACUGCUGGUGGAAAAAGCGUACAGUGAUAUUGCCAACAAAAAGAAGGAGAGCUUGCAGGAUGGAUAUCUUCAGCUGUUUGCGACAUUGACUCUUUCGAUAUUACAUGGCAAGAUGCAAGAAGGCAUAUCCUAUUGCUGUUCAUUACUUUUGGAUCCUAAAAUGCCAUCCAACCUGCGGAUAAGGCCUGGAUCAUGGAUGUGGCCGUAUGCAUUACGUCUACUAUCAGCGCUGAUACUUUAUUCCCGGAUAUUUCACAACCAGCCUAGUGAUUCAAUGACUAACGAGAUCCUCGGCCAUUACGCAAAGCACAAUGUAACGAAGCCGAAUUUCAGACCCAAAGUGCUUGCAUUAUAUGCAUCUUUUACUCCGCAAUCAGUACAAGUGCCCGUGGUGUCUGAUUUCCUUGCAGCGAACUUUUGGGACAAUGAGGAGAGGAUGCUGUUAUUCGACAUGGGCAAGCAGUAUGGGCUAGACAUGGUCUCUAUCUUACGGCAAACAUGGAAAAGGACACUCGAUGAUUUUAUGGAUGAGCGGUCUAGCAUUCAUAAACCACCAAGAGGCAUCUGGCUGCAUGACGAUGAGGACGACAGUGACCCUGACGACGAUGAUCCACAUGGCCAUUCGAUUCAACAACUACCUUAUGGCGUGAAACGAUGUUUGAUGCAAUUUGCAUGGCUGCUUAUGGAUGAUCAUCUUUAUUUCGACGCUAUUACAGCAGCCAACAAGCUCGGGAACCACUUUCUUGAUACCAAGCAACAUAAAGCUGCGGCUAAACUCAUCUCAAGUAUACCAGGGUCCGUUAUUGACAUGGCUAUCCUUCAAGCAGAUUGUAAUGUCGAUCUCCCCGCGCCGAUUCGUGAAUUCGAGAAACUUUGCACUAGGAUAGGCAAACCUUGA